CCCCAACACAUCUAUCUCUCAAAACUCAUCCCACCUCCACGGUAGAAAUUUUUUUUUCGAAAGGAUACAGAGCGAAUCCCAGCGAAUCUCUGCGAAAGUCUCCCCCUCUCUCUCUCUCUAUCGCUCUCUCUCUCUCUUCAAUUACUUCAUCCCCAAAUCUCUCUCUCGAAACUUAUCCCAACCUUCAGCUAACUCUUUUGUUCAAAAGUCUACAGAGAAUGAAUCUCACGCCUACGUCUCUUCCCCAGGUCUCGAAGCUGCUUCGCGAAUAUCUUCUGUAAAAUUAAAGACCCAUCUUCUCAACCCAGCUGGAAAUCUGGACCUUAUUUGAAGGGUUUGGUUGUAUAAAUGAGGAGGUGGACUGCAUUCCAGGGGGAGCCCAAAUCGACACCAAAUCCAAGCACCAUGGAAGACCCGACGAAUUCCUCCUUCAGAUGUGGCAAAUGGCUUCUCCGGUCAACAAAGAUUCGAAGAUCUAGCGGGGACAAGCCCUUUGAAGUAAAACCACCUGGGAGCCAACCAUUGAAGAGGAAGCGAAGUUCCACCUCUCCUACUUCUUCAACCAACUCUUGUACUGGCGAAAACAUCGUUCAAUUGCCUACACCCAUGUCAUCCAGCGCUCAUCCAUGGCAUAACGAAGAUGAAGCUGUUACCAGCGAUGACGACGACUUACUUGAUCUCGAAUUUUUGGACUUAAUGGAAAAUGACAAAAAAAAAAAUGCCACAACGAACUAGUGAAUUUACUGGUCAAGCGUACACAAAUUUUUUGUUGGAAAGACACCCUCAAACCAUAAAAGACGUUCUCCGUGUCGAUGCAUAUACAUUUAGAGGAUUGGUAGCUGAACUUCUUGCUAGAGGACAACUACAAUGGGAUCAUAAACGUGUUUACCUAGAGGAGUCCUUGGCUAUUUUCUUAUACAUAUGUGGCCAUUCCCAACGCCAUCGAUUGGCUGCUGAUCCGUUCCAACGCUCCACGUCGACCAUAAGCGACAACUUCAAAUGGAUGCGUCGUGCUCUUUGUAACUUGGCACCCCACAUCAUUCAACCACCUAACCUUC